CGCCGGACGAGGCAAGGAGCACCUCGACAAUCUCAGCAAUUCAAAUCACAUCAGAAGCAAACCACUGAGUUAUUACCAAACAAGCUUUACACCAUGACUAGCAAGAAGGAGAAGCAAAUCACAUUCGAGGAGUACCUCGGCGUUACCGAGGCGGCGUUCGAAUGGGCAGACAGCUACGACACCAAGGACUGGGACCGAUUGAGGAAGUGCAUCGCUCCUACACUCCGAGUUGACUACCGCUCGUUCCUAGGCAAGGUCUGGGAAGCGAUGCCGGCGGAAGAGUUUAUCGCCAUGAUAUCUGACAAGUCAGUGCUGGGCAACCCGCUCCUGCGGACGCAGCAUUUCAUUGGCGGCGCGAGCAAGUGGGAAAGGGUUUCGGACACCGAAAUCAUCGGCCACCAUCAACUGCGAGUGCCACAUCAGGUUUACACAGACGCGAGCCUCCGGAACGUUGAGGUCAAAGGACACGCCCACAGCCAUAACACGCAUUACUACCGCAAGGUCAAUGGAGUGUGGAAGUUUGCCGGACUCGAGCCCGAGAUCCGAUGGUUUGAGUACAAUUUCGAUAAGGUGUUUGCCAGCGGCCGUGACAGCUAUGGCGAGCACAAAUAGGCUCUCUGGAGGCGCUGUCAGGGA